GCAUGUUUGUUGCAUGAACCUGCCAGCCCUGAAAUGUCCAUUGUCAUCCUCUUCCCGUUUCUCCUCUGUCGUGGACGCAUGCAAACACACACGAAUGUUCAUGCUGGCGUGUGACCGAGAGACAUGUUAAUUGUUAACCAGUGUUGGUGAAGGCAGACGCAGAGUUCACGCAGGUAAGAAGCAGCAGGGGCCAUUUUAGCGGGGGCAGAUUCUGCACCACACUAUCCGUCCCCCACGAACAGGGGCAGUGAACCGUGGGCUUACAACACUCGCAGGUGGAGGAACAAGUGCCAUGGUGACACUAAAUCGCUUGAGUGUAGUGGAUUCAGAGCACGGCUCUCGACUGCUCCCCGUGGCCGCCGACACGACCACACCAACACCCGUCUGUCACAGGACGCGAGUGGACCCAAGGACUGAGUCCAGGGACUUGUUCCUCAGCAGGAGGGUGAAUUUCGCCACCAGCCUGCUCCUGUUGAUUGGAUGCUACCUGGCCAUCCUGAUACCCGCAUACUUCCACUCGAAUAAGGCAGCAGUUGUCAGUGAUAACUCCCAAAAUCCCAAAUAUUUGGCAUUACUGAAUCGGUCAGCAUCCCUCCUGUCGCAGCCGUGCCAUCCUGGCUGGUGUGUGAACCACCUCAGAGCCCUGUCCUGCUCUGAAAACCUCCUGGACAUCCCCGUUUUUGUGCAGGACAGACCCGAGUGGGAUCUGGCUCCUCCUCUGGGGCUCCAGGGCAGUGAGGAUCAUCUGGCCUUGGCUCUUGCCUCCAUGCCUCAACCUGGCCUACCUGCAUCGCUGAGGAAAGAAGGCAGCUGCAGACGAUGUGUGGUGGUGGGAAACGGCGGCGUUCUUCAAGGCAGCCACCUUGGAGCCCAUAUAGAUCAGUAUGACAUCAUCGUCAGGCUGAAUAAUGCUCCAGUGCCUGGAUUUGAGAAAGAUGUUGGGUCGCGCACCACCAUCCGUCUCAUGUACCCAGAGGGAGCGCCUCACUCUGCUCAGGAGUACAAAAAGACCUCCAUGGUUGCUCUGGUGGUUUUUAAGAGCCUGGACUUGGACUGGCUAACUUCUGUAAUCACCAAACAGCCGUUGAGCUUCUGGUCCAAAAUGUGGUUCUGGAGGGAGGUGGUGGACGAUAUUCCACUGAGACCAGAGAGCUUCAAGAUCCUCCAUCCAGAGAUUAUUCACAAGACGGGACGAGUCCUGCAGCAAUACGCUCUCAAACAGGGAAAUAUGGUGCCAACAUUAGGUGCCAGUGCAGUGGUGAUGGCCGUGCAGGUGUGCGACCAGGUGAGCCUGGCCGGGUUUGGGUAUGACUUGCAGCACCCCGAGGCCAGGCUUCAUUACUAUGAGGGCAUACGGAUGGACGCCAUGAAAGCUCAAGUGGUGCAUGAUAUCAGUGCUGAAAAACUCUUCUUGAGGGACCUAGUGGCUGCAGGAGCUGUGACUGACCUCACUGGAGCUCUGUGAGCUGAACACUGAUGUUACACUGAACUCUCGGUGCACUCUCUCCUGGCUGUGAGGCUGUGGAAUCCCCUACGAUACGCUCGGCCCAGAGCCCUUCACAGCCUGGCCUGACCUUUAAAGUGCUCCGUCUCAAGGCUUAACUGAUGACUGUAAAUGUCAAAUGACUAAAGACCAUCUUGAGUAUUCCUUUUUUUAUAAACAAAAAAACAAAAAAACACAAUAAAUCACCCACUACGAUGUGUAAAAUAGUUGUGGGUGAAUGCUGUGCUAUCACUAAUAGUGAACGGCUGGAUGUUGAAUGAAUUCACUAUUCAGUGCCUCAAAUAAUUCUAUUUACAAAGACUGAAUCAAGUGAAUGUGGGACUGAUAUUUUUUUCCAUAAAAAACAUGUAUCUUAUCAGGAUUUGGUAACUUGAAUAAACUUUUGAUCACAAACUGUCACCAUGUAAAACUGAACAGUUGCACUGGUUGCCAAUGUGCCGGAACAACGCUGCCACUUUAAGAGUUGCCAUGGAUACCAGCCUGCUCUUG